CAACAAAUAAUAAUUGUACCACAUAUAUAAAUUCGUUUGCCGCCCUGCCCUAGGCUCCGAGCCUCAGACACCCCGUAUUUUUUCACCCUUUGAAGAAAGCUCGUCAAAGAAACAUACUUGAAGGAAGUUCUGUUCUUUCAAUUUUCAACUAAACUCGUUAUCAAGACGCCUUCCCUUAAUGUUGCUCAAGAGUAAAGCUUAUACGAACCAUGCUGUUCAAGGAACCACUAAACCCCUUAGCUCUCUCUCCUCUCUAUUCACCAAAGACCCUCGUCAAAAUUCUUCACAAAAACCCAAACCCAGAUUUCAAAACCCAGAAAAAGGCCACCUUUCGAGUCCCAAAGAGUUCGAGUAUUUCGUCAGGCAUCAGUGUAAAUCAGGUAAAAUCAACCUCAAUGAUGCAGUCACCUACUUUGACAGGUUGACUUAUGAAGGAAUUAAGCCAAAUUUGUAUACUUUAAGCAUUUUGAUGAGAUGUUGUCAAUUAAGGCAAAUAAAUUGUGGGUUUUGUGUUUUUGGUGAGAUUAUAAAGAGGGGAUUCGAGCCGGAUUUAGUUACUGUUAGUAUUUUGUUGAAGGGUCUGUGUGCGAAUGGUAAGGGUUUAGAUGCAGUUCAAGUUUUUGAUAAAAUGCGUGAAAGUGGAUUCCAAGGGGAUGGUGUUACGUUUGGGAUUCUUAUUAAUGGCCUUUGUAAGAUUCGGGAGCCAGCUUUGGGUCUUGAAUUGCAUAGGAAGAUGGAAGAGAGCAACUAUGAGGGGACUUUGGUUACAUAUAGUAUGAUUAUUGAUGCUUUUUGUAAAGAUGGGAUGGUUGAUGAGGCAGUGGGUUUGUUUUUGGAAAUGGUUUCGAAAGGAAUUACUCCUGAUGUUGUUGUUUAUGGUUCUUUGAUCGAUGGGUUGUGUCGUUUAGGCAGGUUGAAAGAAGCUGUUAAUUUUUUUGAUGAAAUGGUUAGUGGAGGACUUACUGCAGAUUUGGUCAUGUAUAACUCUUUGAUUCAUGGUUUUUGCCAAGCCGGAAUGUUGGAAGAAGCUACAAAAAUUUUCAACUUGAUGGUUCGAAAGGGGAUUUCUCCAGAUGUAGUAACCUUCACAAUUUUGAUAGAUUGUUUAUGCAAAGAAGGGAAGAUGGGAGAAGCUCAGGGGAUACUUGAUCUGAUGAUUCAACAGGGGAAAGAGCCAGACAUACGAACUUAUAAUUCACUAAUAAGUGGAUUCUGUUCAACAGGUCAGUUAGAUGAGGCAACAAAACUUUUUGGGUUGAUAGCUGAUCAAGGUCUUGACCUCGAUGCUUUUAGCUACAAUAUAAUGAUUAAUGGCUAUUGCAAGAGUUGGAAGAUUGAUGAAGCUUUUCAACUGUUUCAAAAAAUGCAUGACAAGGGAAUUAAGCCCACUACAGUGACUUACAACACGCUUAUAGGAGCACUUUGCCAGGCAAGGCGAGUUAGCACUGCACAAAAGAUGUUCAACGAGAUGCAUGUUUAUGGUCAAUUUCCAAUAUUAUCUACAUAUACUGUCAUGUUGGAUGGGCUAUGCAAAAAUGGCCAUAUUGAGGAGGCAAUGGAUCUGUUUCAUUCCCUUGAAAGUACUGAGUACAAACCUGGUGUUGAGUUUUUCAGCAUACUUAUUGAUGGAAUGUGUAAAGCUGGAAGAUUGGAAGAAGCUAGGAAAAUGUUCAUUGAAAUCUCUGAGAAAGGUUUGGUUCCUGAUGUUGUGACAUAUAACAUAAUGUUCAGCGGCCUCUGCAGGAAAGGAAUGUCAUUGGAGGCUGAUAAAUUGCUAACGGAGAUGGAAGAAAAAGGUUGUUUGCCAGACUCCAUCUCAUUUAAUAUCAUUAUUCAUGGACUUCUACGGGACAAGGAGGUCCAAAGAGCAAUGAAUCGUUUAGAAGAAAUGCGUAGAAGGAAUUUCUCACCAGAUGAAGCAGUCACUUCAAAGCUGCUACGCCUUGCCAUGAAGGAUACAAAAUGUCAUGCAGCCCUUCAGUCACUUCCAGUUCCAGAUGUUAUCUGAAAAAGGUGGUGUUGCAUGUAACACUAAUACCCUGUGAAGCAAAAGAGAUUCUUCCAAGUUCAUUGAGUUUAUGCUCUCUGUACAUUAUUAGGGGAUUUUUCUUUCAGCACUCAUUUUUUGUUUGAACUUAUUUUUAGCAACUUCAAUUCUUUUACUGUAUAUUAACCACUUUUUCAUUUUUCUAGUAAAUACAAAUCAAAUGAUUUUAGUUCAUGAA